AUGGCGGAUGUACGAUCUCGGGUGUCUUCUGCCAAGUCGACGGGCAGCGAUCAAGAAAAUGCCAAUUCCGUGGCAAACUUGAACGAUGAUAAUGGCAAUCCAGAGGAGAAGAAAAAGAGUAACAGACCUGCAAACACUGCCUUUAAGCAGCAGAGGUUACCCGCCUGGCAACCUAUCCUGACUGCUGGUACCGUACUACCAGCAUUCUUCAUCAUCGGUAUCAUCUUUGUGCCUCUUGGAGCUCUAUUUCUGGUCACAUCAAAUAACGUGCAGGAGGUUGUUGUAGAGUACACAGACUGCUUUUACAGCAAUAGCACAGAUAACGUCACGUACAAUUGUAAAAACGUAUUUGAUCAGAUGCCUGACAUGGGACUAAGCUGCAAGUGUGAGGUGCUGUUCGAACUCGAUACUAAAAUGGAGGGGGAAGUGUACAUGCUGUACAUGUUGACGAACUACUACCAGAACCAUCGGCGGUACGUUAACUCUCGGGAUGAUCUUCAGCUCCUCGGGGAUGCUGCCUCCCAGACCGUCCCAAGUACAUCAUGCCAGCCAUACGAGCAGAGAGACACAAAUGAUGCUCACAAUAUCACCGAAUAUGAACCCAUUGCUCCUUGCGGUGCAAUCGCUAACAGCUUUUUCAACGAUACAUUUAACAUCACAUUUCUCGAUGAUGGUAACAUGAACGAACCAGUUCAGCUGAAUGGCACAGGCAUAGCAUGGGACAGCGACAGAAAUGCCAAGUUCCAGAACCCAGCCUCAUUUGAUGGGAGCACCAAUCCCCCUAACUGGCAGCGGAGCAUCCAAGAUUUGCCAAACGGUUAUGAGAAUGAAGACUUCAUUGUGUGGAUGAGAACCGCGGCCCUACCAACAUUCCGUAAACUUCAUCGCCGUGUCAUUUAUACAGCAGGGACUGUGUUCGAUACAGGACUACCGGCCGGGAACUACAGUCUCACUGUUGACUAUUCCUACCCAGUGCAUAUGUUUGACGGAACCAAAAGCAUCGUCUUGACCACCACCUCCUGGCUCGGAGGCAAGAAUAACUUUCUUGGCAUCGCUUACAUCGUCACCGGGUCUCUAUGCAUCCUCUUUGGAGCCUUUUUCUUACUCAUUCACAUUAAGCACGGCCACAGUUCUGUCUUGUGUUGCGAUGGUCAGAACACCAGGUCAACACACCAAGCGGAAGCGUUGUAGAAAAAAAAAAAUGAAAGAGCAAAUGCUCCAGAAGCAAGUACUGCGAACGAGAUCGGGUAAUGUUUGGGAUAAUCCACUAUGAUGACACGGGGGAUCCAGGAGUAUACUUUGGUGACUGGAAGGAGGGUGAGCAACAACAGAGUAACAGGUACCAGCUAGUAUUGAAAACUAGCCUUCAACAUUUAGAUGGUGUCCUGUCCACAUCAGGUGAAUAAGAUGUACACCUCUGGUAAAAUUCUGUAAACUUAAAAAAAAAUGAAAAAAAAUAUUCUCAUCGUGUACGUGUAGAGAAUUUAAGAUUGCACUUUUCUGGAAAAGACUGAGGGUUAAAACAGAUGAUCUCUCGUGGGAAAAAGAUAAUCUUUCAUAAUCCCCCUAAAUCUUUUCUGCAGACAUUUAUUAUUGAUUUGGAUUAAAAAGGUCAGUGAGUCAUUUCUGAUUCACCACUUUGGAUUCUAACUGGGGUCAUUGCUUCCCUUACUCUCUGGUCAUUUCCUUAUUCUAUCUUUAAACAAACAGUUUGAAAAGGCCCAUGAAGGGCUUGAAAUAGGCCAUUCUUCUGAGAUAUGGUGGACACAUUACUAUAAGACUUUUUGGUCUGGGUAAAUUUGUAUGUACGUAUGUGUAUACAGUACACACGAACCACACAGUGCAUUCCUAUAGUGGCCACCAUGGCUAUCAGCUAUGGCUAAUAAGUUUGCUGCCACCUAGUGUCAAGAAGUCGCUUUUUUAGUUGUACCCACCUUUAACAAAAUUUCAAAAACAUCCAAUGCAAUAUUUAAAAAGCAGAUACAAAAUUCACUUCUUUUGUUUACUUUUGGAUGAUUAGCAGUAAUGAUGUAAUAAAAGGAAAAAUUAAAGAAACUUGUAUCUAUUUAUUCAGGGCCAAAUUCAAAGAGCUGCGUUAGCAAAAAAAGUAGCUAAUUACAGCAAAAUCAUGCUUACCAGAAGAAGGUUUUACCAGCAAAACUAACUGUCGUGCCAAAUGAACCAUUUUUGACUGGUAUCCCUUUCACUUUUGCUUAGCAGCAAUAUUUUCUGCUUAAGCAGCUCUUUGAAAUUGGGCACUGAUUUUAUGGUUACCGUUAACAGAUGUAUGCCCAUUUUCAUAGGCCAUAUUUCUUGUACUUUAAUUAUAAUGAUCAUUUUGUACAUAAUUGCAUUUUGGAAGAACAGGCAAAUCUAUUGUUGUGAAUUGAAUAGUGUAAACCAAUUAUGGCUUUACCCUUUGCGCGUAGAUGCAGAUUUGAGCAUGGGGUUAAUAGACCCUGUAACCUUUGUUUACACAAAUAGGGACAUCGUACAUUCCAGGGCUUUUUUGGCAGGCAAGUAGUCAUAUGUAAGAGAAAGGCAGUAUUUCCUGGGUAGUGGGCACCUCAAUGAGGGAUUUGUGACUCAUUCUGUAAGGGAAUUUCAAAGGGCACCAAGGCAAUGAUGCUUCACAGAUGCAAUGAACCAUCAUGAACCAUUGAAUAUGAAAGAGUCGUGCAGUUCUGGUAGGAUAUACAUGUAUUUAAAAAAAAAAAAAUGUUGCC